CUCAAGGUCUCGCACCAAGGUAGGAAGCACUAACUCAAAACUGAUCACACACUUAAGUCGUCAGAAGACCUCGAACAGUUCCACACGACCAAGAGGCUAGCGUGAAGUAAACAGUUAAUUCAGAUUAGCUCAUGAACAUGUCGAAUAUUGGACUGAAAAAUGUGCGCCACUAUAAAACAUACGGAACCUCGUGCUUAAGGUGUAAUAGACAAAUAUUAAUCCGUCUAGUUCCAUAUUUACAAUUCUAAUAGCAGUACGUCUGGCGCCUAAAAAUGCUGUACUUGAUAGGACUGGGCUUGGGCUCUUUUUCAGACCUGACGAUGAAAGGUUUCGAUAUUCUGAAAAAGUGUGAUUUUGUGUAUCUUGAUAAUUAUACUUCUAUAUUUUCUGGAGAAAACGUCGACGAGUUAAAUAUGACCGGGAAAUGCAUAAUUCCAGCCGAUCGAGAGUUUGUGGAGCAAAGUAGUGAAAUCUUGGAUCGAGCGGAAAAAAAUGAUGUUGCUUUCCUUGUCAUAGGUGAUCCUUUGGGAGCAACUACUCACAGUGAUAUUAUAUUACGAGCUGUCGAAAGAAACAUACCUUACCGAAUUAUUCAUAAUGCCUCGGUUAUAACUGCAGUCGGUUGUUGUGGCUUACACCUGUACAAUUUUGGUGCCAUUGUCUCCAUCCCUUUGUGGGAUGAAUUAGGUCAUCCAGAGAGUUUCUACGAUAAAAUAUUGACCAAUAUAAGAAAUGGGUUCCACACUCUCUGUCUGCUGGACAUCAAGGUAAAGGAGCGGUCUUUGGAGAAUAUCCUUCGUGAUCGAAAGAUAUAUGAACCUCCACGUUUUAUGUCUUGCUGUGAGGCUAUCAGCCAAGUAGCGGAAAUCCUAAAGAAAAAUGAAGACCAGCAGAAUAACAGAAAUAUGGGAAUAACAACAUCUUGCAUUGUGAUUAGUCUUUCACGUAUAGGAUCAAAUGAUGAGAAAAUUGUUGUCUCAAGAAUAGCCGAUAUGAAUGAAGCCGAAACAGACCCCAAGAAAAGUGAGCAGAACUUCGGAGGUCCUCCACACAGCAUAAUUAUACCUGGAAUAAUACAUCCAUUGGAAUCAGAGUUCUUGCUAGCACGCUAUAGGACUAAUGGAGAAAACCAACUCCAUUUACCAAGAUUAUACACCAAUGAUUCACAAAUGUCCGACGAUACACUAAACACUUUCCAAAAUGUCAUAAAUGUACAUAAUCAAGCAGUUCGCUCUAUCCAACUUUGUUUAAAUUCCUUAUGAAAUCAUGUGUACAUUACUAUUUCUGUCAAUUCUUAAAUAACCAUUUCUCUCAAAUAUUGUUCGCUACAGUUUGUACAUUGGUUAUCCGUUGUUGAUAAGCAGGUGUGUGACAUUAUGAUACCACAAAAAUAUCGAAUAAAAUCCCUGACCUUUCUUGUUGGUUCG